AUGCCCGACUCGGGCGCGAAGAUCGUGGGCGCUGUUGGCACGGCGUCCAUGGCGCUGGCGUAUUGGUACUGGCGGCGCCGAGUCAUGCCCAUUGGCCCGUGUGUUGCAGAUGUGCGGCCACUAGCCAUUGGUGACCAGCAGGUCAUGCUCCGCGGCAACGGUCUCACACGCUAUCACCUCAACGUUCAAUGGCUCAGAGAGGGUGAAGGCAUUGUCGUGCUGAUUCACGGCAUGACGAGCCCUGGCGUCGAUGUGUGGAGGUCGCUCAUUGCGUGCCUGGAGGCACGCGGCCGCUGCGUCCUCGCCUACGACGUGGCUGGACGAGGGUGGUCGCACUGCAGUGGCGGACCGAUGACACUGGAUUACCACGUGCGGCAGCUCGAGGAGCUCCUCGACGCACUCUCCUGCAGUGAUCGAGCGUUGGACCUGAUCGGACUCAGUUUCGGUGCUGUGAUCGCCUCCAACUUUGCCGUCCGCCACCGUGAUCGUGUGCGCCGGUUGGUGAUGCUUGCUCCUGCAGGCCUUUUCCCAACGGGGCAGGACUAUCUUGGCCCUCUGUCGGGCAGCGGCUGGCGCGCAGUACUCGCACGCCUGCGAUGGGCAGCGCGGUGCCGCUCGUCGCUGAAAAGGGAUUACGCCCACGAGCUGCGAGCCAUGAAGGACGGUGCUGUGCUUCGCGCAUACUGCGCCAACGCCGACUGCAACCGCGCGCUCGUGCGCACCUACCUCUCCACCCUCCUCUGCUGCCCGGAGUUGUUCGACAACCGCCGCGCCCUCCGCACGCUUGGCAGCUUCACAAGUUGCAAGACCCUGCUCCUCUUUGCCACGCAUGAUAGCGCGACUGGUCCGCCACCCGACGACGAGGAGCUGCGUGAGCUGCUGCCGAGCGCGUCCUGGCACAAGCUCGACGCGCCAGGGCUGGACCACGCGCCGCACCUCACACACCCCGCCCUCGUCGAGCCGCUGAUCGCUGACUUUGUUGCUGGCGAUAGAGACACGCACCGUGUGGAUGCAGCGCAGCAAGAGCAGACGGAAGCCUUUCACAAGCUGGUGUUUCUGCGCUGCGAGCAGCUGAGAAUGUGCGCGUUGAGCUCGACUUGGAGGUGCCAGAACUACGUCUACAAGGGCCGUUGCGGCUUUGCCUCCUGCCGCUAUCAGCACGACGACCUCGCAAGGCUGGAAGCAAAGGGAAAGCCGACUCCAAGCAGAAGCACCAGCAGCAGUCAGUGGUCCGAAAGCUCUGCAGCGAAGGGCCCGCCGGCCAGUAUCCGCUUCUUGCUGGAAGGAGAGUCCAUCCGCUCGAACCCAUACCUGAAAGAGUUUGCCGCUGCAUCCUGGCUGCCGCGCCUUGUGGCAGCGCCGGAGUGCAGCAAGCUCUUCAAUGUGCAGGGCAAGCGCCUGCGGAAGGAGCUUACUGAGGCCUUUGGCCUGCUGCACGCCUGCGGCAAGGCGUUGCGCAAGCUCCGCGCGGAGGGCCACCGCGUCACCAUCGUGGACCUUUGCUGUGGCAAGGGCUUCAGCAGCCUGGUCCUGGCCUGCUCCUUCCCGGAGGCACAGGUCCUCGCGGUGGAUCGCAACGCGCACAUGGACCUGUCUCACUUUAACUUGUGCGAGAACCUGAGUUUCCGGCACUUGGACCUGGAGUCGUCCAGCCUGGCCCCGGACUGUGCUCAGAUGCUUCUGGAUUCUGCGCCGCCGGGGGCCGGGCCUGGCCGGCCUGGGCUUCUACUGCUGGUUGGUGUCCACCUGUGUGGCAUGCUCUCCGUGCGCGCCAUCCAACUCUUCGCAGCCGCCGCGGGGCCAGCGGCGCUGGUCUUGGCGCCCUGCUGCUUGGACAAGCGCCUGCCAGGCGUCAAGCGGCGUGCGAAGCGCUUGGGUGUCAACCCGUACACGUUUUGGUGCCUCAGCCUGCUCUUUGAGGAGCUGCCCAGCUGCCGACGGGAGCUGUUCCAGGACGACGACGUCCUCUCGGAGCGGAACUCCUUCAUCCUGGUUCUUGAUGACUGGACCUUGCUGUCAGAGUGGCACCAAGGCACGGCGUUUGCCAACCGUGACGCCAAGCGCAACCAGCGCAACAAGAGUAGCAAGAGCUAUCCCAGCUCCGCCUCAACCUGCGAUAGCGAUGGUCUCAGCGGUGGCAGCACCAGUGACGGUUCCAACGACAGCUUCCGCUUCAUCAAUGGGCUGGUGCUGCGGUUGCUAGGAGUCUGCGGGCACCAUUGGCAGGUCAUGUCGCUGCGGCUGCUGCAGAAGGCGGCAACCUCGGAUGGAGGGACGGCCAGAGGCAAGGGCCGGGCCCGCGGCGCCAAGCGCGGUAUGGCCAUGAGCCUGCAGCAGUUCCACGAGCAGACGCCCACUCCCAGCACCAGCUCCAAGUCUGCGUGGGGCAAAGGCGCCUCUCGCACCUGCACCUGGGCGGCAGAGGAUCCUCCAGCCGGGUGCAAGAGCACUGGUCAGCCCAGACCCUCUGCUUGGAUGACAGGUCCACCGUCCUCGGCAGUCGACAACUUGUGGGAUGCGGCCCCAGCAGUUGAAGAGUUGGCCGAGGACCUGUGGCAAGCCGAUCCGCCGAGCGCGGGCCCGGAGUGGGGCGAGGCGGAGCCGCUGGAGGUGCCGGAGGAGCAGGCUGAGCCCGAAGUGGCCGAGCCCGAAGUGGCCGAGCCCGACGUGGCCGAGCCCGACGCGGCCGAGCCCGACGUGGCCGAACCCAAAGUGGCCGAAGUUGACGACGAAGCUGCUGAAGAAGAAACUGAGGACAGCUUCAGAAGAGACCUUGCUUCCUGGCUUCGGCACCUGAACUUGCUGGAGUACGAAGAGGCGGUCGCAGCUUGGUGCGAAGAGAUGGGCGCGGCAUCGCUGGAGGAGGUGGUGGAGAGCACCGAAGAUUUGCUGGAAGCAGUGCCAAUGAAGGCCCUUCAGGCCAAGCGACUGCAGAGCAAAGCCAUUGAAGCCAUGGAGGCGGUGAGCGCGGAGGAGUUGCGAGAUGAGCCACAGGAAGAAGCAGAGGCUGAGGUCACUGAAGCCGGCAAGAGCUCUGCUGGUGCGGCCUCCGCCGGCGCGGCCAAGGCUCAGAGCUUCUACCAGAGCCUUGGCACGCUGGACGAGGAUGGCGUGUAUUUGAAGCAAAGGCCCACUGAGAAGGCUACCUGGGUGCCGACGGCGAAGGAGAAGCAAGGCAGCCGCAAGAAGCAGCAGAAGGAGCGCCUGCAGGCGGAAGAGGAGGCGAAGGCGCAGCAGGCGGAGCAGCAGCGCUUGGCGGAGGCGGAGGCGCAGCGCCUCAUCGAGCAGCAGCUCGCGGAGGAGCGGGAGCAAAGACUCACAGAUGUGAGAGCCCGGAUUGCGGAUGCUUUGGAACGCUCCGACUCGCAGGCCUUCUCUGGUGCUGCGGACCGGGCCCGUGAGGUGGGGCUUCCCGCUGAAGAGCUACGUGAAGCUGAGCGGCAGCUGAACCUGGUGCUGCAGAGGAGGCUGCAGAGGCGAAACGACGCUCUGUGCGCUCUCGAGGCUGUGCUGGAGGCUUCGAAGGAUGAGAAGUUCGGACCAGCUGUACAGAAGGCUUUGGAGGAGGCGCAGUCAGAGGGGGCUCUGCAGCUGGCCAGUGGCCGUGCUGUUGAAGAAUCGGCUCGCGCUGCUUUGCAGGAGUGGGAGCGGAUGGAGCAGCAGAGGGAAGACUCCCGCAUGGCGCUGCAGUUUGCGCUUCGGCGCGGCGAGGUUGGUGCUUUGCAGGUUGCGCUCAGCGAGGCGAAGAAGGUGCUCGCGGACGGCGGCGGGCUCAUGGCGGAGGCCGGGGGCCAAUCCCCGCAUUGUCUCAAUUUGGAGGUGUUCCGCUUGUUGCUGUGCAACGGCCCUUUGGGCUUUGCCAAGGAUGGCGGCCGCCUCGCUCUUGCAGGCUGGGCGGUUCCCGGGGCAAGGGUGGUGUCAGUGGUAUCCCUUCUCGCGGCCUCGCGGAGGGUCAGACGGCAGCUUCGGCUCAAGUACGGGCAACGCGGCAACAUGGAUGUCGCCCCGCAAGCGGUGGGCUGCGGGGAGCCUGAGGAGCGGCAAUCGCGGCAUGAGCCGGAGGAGGCGGCGGAUGGGCAUUUCCGGCUCAUCCUCUGCGCCUUUUUGGCGCUCUUCUUGACGGGGGUCUUGUACUUGAUGGCUGGACGACGGGGUCGCAGCGAGACACUGCUGCAGAGCAACCCGUUGCAGAGCCUGACCGAGACGCCCGUGCACCUGCUUUACACCCUGGAUGAGAACCUGGGCAAGCUGCGGCAGUUCAAUGACGCGGCCUUUCACAAGUUCAGCCCCGUGGUGCCCUUCGAAGCCUUGGGCUCGGACGUGUUCCUGGUGGGCGUCAUGGGCAGCGGCCUCACGCUGCUCACGCAGAUCGGGCACCAGCUGCGGUCCAACGGCUCCAUGAGCUUCGAGGACCUGAACGAGGUGGUGCCCUGGUUCCACGCGGCACUGCUCUGCGGCCAGGACCUGGACGAGGCCCAGGCCUUCCCGCCGCGGCUCUACAAGACCCACCAGAGGUAUGAGAAGCUGCCGGAGGGUGCCAAGUUUGUGGUGCUGUUCCGGGACCCCGAGGACGUGUUGUGGACCCGGUACCAGCGGUACUGCAACAGCAGCUGGACGGAGUACGCCCGCGUCCCCAAAGCGGCGAUCACGUUGGAGGACUUUGCCGCAGGGAUGUUUGCGCACAAGUCCAGCAACGAGGUUUGGCACUUCAUGAAGUCGUGGCUCUCCUGCUGCAUGGGCCACGACCGGGUGUUGUACGUGACAUACGAAGAUUUGAUGGAGCAGCCAGAACGGGAGAUUUCAAGGAUCGCGCGCUUCAUUCUGCCACAUCGCCAAGUCACAGAUGAGCUCCUGAGAACGGCGAGGCUGCAGUCGACCAAGGACUUUAUGCAGGAGCAUAUCUCCAAGUUCGACGACCACUUCGUGCUGAAACAUCUUCCUGUGUUCAAGCAGGAUGUGAAGGCCUACGGCUUGGUGCCUCGAAUCCCGCGAGUGAUGCGCCAGACACCCAAGGAGCUGCCGCGCGCGGUGCAGGAGCUGCUGGCUGCGAGGUGGCAGAGCUACGUGGGGGAGUCGGGCUUCGCGUCCUACCGGGAGCUGAGGACGUGGCUUCGCGCAGACCCAUUGAACAAGCAAGGGGAGUUGAACGAUGAUGUGACUCAGGGGCAUUUCUGGAAGGGCGUGCUCUUCUUGCUGGCGGCCGCCUGCGUGAUCGCAGCACAGAGCACAGAGACGGAGGACGGUUUGCAGCCCGGGGGGCUGCCAGCGCAACACGGAAAUGGGCAGCAGGCUCGAGGCAAGCUGGCGGCUGCCCUGGCCGAGCAGGACUUGGAGGCUCUCGAAGAAGCGCUGGCGCUGUGCAAGGAGCGUCGCCUGCCGUGCCAAGGCGCUGAGGAGACGCUAUGCAGAUGGAGGGCUGAGGCGGCGGCGCGGGAGGCGGCUGAGCGGCAGCUGGAGGCUGCCUUCGAUUCUGAAGACCUGGUGGCUGUCAAAGCGGCUUUGGUCGUGGCGAGGCCGUGCUUCAAGCCACAGGCCCUGCACGCGGCGGAGGAGCGGCUGGGGGUGAUGGAGGCGCUGAUGAAGCGCCGGGAGAUGGCGCGCCUGGAGCUGUGCCUGGCGCUCAACGCCCGGGUCAUCUCCCGCCUGCAGGCGGCUGUGGAGAGCGCGAAGAUGGUGAGCUUACCGUCGGAGCAGCUCCAGGAAGCUGAGGAGGCGUUGCAGGAUUGGCUGGAGGAGGAGAGGCAGCGCGAGGAGCUGCUGGCCAAGCUGGAGCAGGCCUUGCAGCAGCGGGACGUGAAGAUGUUGCAGAAGGCCUUACGCGAAGCUCAGAUGGCUGUGUCUCAUGAGGAGCCACCGAUACAGCGUGCGAGCUUGCUGCUGGCGCAAUGGGAGGAGGAGGCGAAGCGCGAGCAGGAGGUGGCCCAGCGCCAAAGGGCGGCGGAGGAGAUCCAGGAGGCCAUCGAAGACGGGGACUGGGACACCAUCGAGUCUGCUGUGCAAGCGGGCCUCGAGUCUGGUCUGGAGGAGGAGGCCGAGCCGGUGCGCGCCGCCCGGGCGAAGCUCGAGAGCCUGCGCGAGGCUCGAGAGCUGCAUGAGGCCAAGCGCACCAUCCAGCAGACCGAGGCGAGGCUGCAGCAGCUGCAGCAAGCGGAGGCGCAGCUUGCAGGGCCCAGCCACAAGAAGGAGCGCUCGGCGAUUGGCAAGGAGAUGAUGAAGCUGCGGAACGGCGAGGAGUACAUCUCCGCGCGGAGCUUCCUGAAGAACCCGGAGCAGGAGCGAAAGCGAACGCAGGAGCAGAGGGCGGAGAUUGAGAGGCGAGCAGCUGAGGAGAAGGAGCGAAGAAGGCUACGGGCCGAACAGGCCCCGGCGGAGCUUGCUGCUUCCAUGGAGGCGGGUGAUGAAGAUGCCUUGCGGGCGCUUCUCGUGGAGGCGGUGUUGACGCCCUCUGCCGCAGCCACUGCAGAGGGCUUCCUAGCAGAGUGCGAAGAGAGGAGGAAGAGAGCCAAGCGGGACGGAGCGCUCCUGGAGUUCUGCUUCGACAACCUGGACCGCAGGGCCUUCUUCCAAGCCUCGGUCACGCUGGCCACCUUCUUCACGGACCAGUAUUCCAUGCAGGAGGGCAAUGACUUCAAGCUGAAGGUUUUGAAGGCCGCGCACGGCGCAGUGCUCGUGGCCUUCCGAAGCCCUCGGCAUGCGGAGGUUGUGUACCAGACGGCCAAAGCCCUCGCCAAGUUGGGUGCUGCAAAUGUCGCGGAGGUCCUCUCUGGUGCGGAGGUCCGCGCUGCGGGGGACCUGAGCGAGGCGGCGGAGGAGGUGCUGGCUCAAGCGCGCCAGGAUGCCGAGGCGUGA